AUGGCUGCUCUCGUGCGUCCAACUCGCGUUCUUCGCGCUUCGACCCGGUCGAUGGCUGGCCUGACCUUUGUCCGCGGAAAGGCGACGCUGCCGGACCUGGCCUAUGACUACGGAGCCCUAGAGCCGUCGAUCUCCGGCAAGAUCAUGGAGCUGCACCACAAGAACCACCACCAGACCUACGUUAACGGCUAUAACACCGCCAUCGAUCAGCUGAAGGAGGCACAGGCCAAGAACGACAUCGCGGCCCAGAUCGCCCUCAAGCCUCUGAUCAACUUCCACGGUGGAGGCCACCUGAACCACACCCUCUUCUGGGAGAACCUGGCGCCGAAGAGCGCCGGCGGCGGAGCUCCUCCGUCGGGCCCUCUGGCGCAGGCGAUCGACCAGAACUUCGGCAGCUUGAAUGAGUUCCAGAAAAAGAUGAACACAGCGCUGGCGGGUAUCCAGGGCAGCGGAUGGGCAUGGCUGGUCAAGGACAAACAGACGGGCAACAUUGCUAUCAAGACUUAUGCGAACCAGGACGCAGUGGUCGGACAGUUCCAGCCGUUGCUGGGCAUCGAUGCGUGGGAGCACGCCUACUAUCUCCAGUACCAGAACCGCAAGGCUGAGUAUUUCCAGGCAAUCUGGGACGUGAUCAACUGGAAGGCGGUUGAAAAGCGAUUUGCAGCUUAA